AUGAAGCCUUCCUAUUUGGAAAGUCUCGAACGGAUCAAAGAAGAACAUUCAGAGAUGAACAAGCAUUUGAAUCAACAAAGGGCUGAACUCGAGAAAGUCAAUACGGAAAAAGAGAAUAUGCAUCGCUCGUACAUGACAUACGCUGAAGUCGCAGGCACAAUGAGAAAUGAUAUCAAAAGAGCCGAAGAAGCCAAUAAACGUCUACAAGAGUUCAUUUUGCAGACGCUGAGCCCACUGCUCUCCCCAGAACAUCAAGCAAGUUGUCUCGCCGCAAUGGAAUCAUUCAAAUCUGCCUCAUCUCCACGUGAAAAUGGAAAUGGAGCAGCCGCUCUUCCACCUGGUUUCCCACCAGGCGCCGCUGGAAUGCUUGGAAUGCUUCCGUUCGGAAUGAAUCCAGCAAUGAGUCAACUGUUCAAUCAGUUCACCUCACAAAACGGAGACGGUACCGGAGCAGGUGGAAGUGAGGCGAAGAAGGCCAAGUUGGAGGAUCCAGAUGACAAUGAGCUGGAAAUCGACGUGACAAAUGAUGAUAAUCCAAGUACGACAAACGGUGGUGCAGGGCAUAAAAACGGGCGGGAUAGUACAAAUAGUGUGGCGUCCUCUGGAGCAUCUACGCCUAGUAUUGCGUCGAAUUCAGCGAAGGCUAGGCAACAGCAACCACAAGGUGGACUGCAGUCAUUGGAGCAAAUGAGCUUCCUCGCGGGACUUAAUCCAAACAUGCUACGUCAAGCUAUGAGUCAAAUGUCGGGUCGACCGGCGUAUUCAUUCAAAAUUGUCGAUGGAGUUCCAACACCGACAUUAUUCCCAGCAGAUGCCCAGAAAGGACCCGGAAUUCCAACUGGUCUCAAAAAGAAGAUGGAGCUGAACCACGGAGAAGUUGUCUGUGCUGCCACAAUUGCUCGCGAUAACACGAGAGUCUACACUGGUGGAAAAGGAUGUGUCAAAAUCUGGGAUGUUUGUGAAUCGGAUAUCACAGGGAACACUGUCGCCAAUCGACCAUCAAUCGCCACGUUGGAUUGUCUCAAGGAGAAUUAUAUUCGAUCAUGUAAACUAUUCCAAGACGGAAAGACUCUUCUGAUUGGAGGAGAGGCCAGUACAGUAGCCCUCUGGGAUUUGACGACACAAAUGAAGACGCUGGAUUUGGAGACUGACUCACAAGCAUGCUAUGCGUUGGCUUUGUCUCCUGAUGAGAAACUCCUGUUCGCUUGUUUAGCCGAUGGAAAUAUUCUCAUUUAUGAUAUUCAUAACCGAGAAAAGGUUCACACUCUCCCAGGACAUCAAGAUGGUGCCUCAUGUCUUGAUUUGUCAAAGGAUGGAACCAAACUCUGGUCCGGUGGACUCGAUAACUCUGUUCGUUGUUGGGAUUUGGGUCAACGAAAGGAGUUGGCGAAACAUGAUUUCAGUAGUCAAGUGUUCUCUCUUGGAUGUUGUCCAAAUGAUGAAUGGGUAGCUGUUGGAAUGGAGAAUAAUAAUGUGGAAGUGCUCUCAACGACAAUGAAAGAGAAAUAUCAAUUGACUCAACAUGAGUCAUGCGUCUUGUCUCUCAAGUUUGCACACUCUGGAAAAUUCUUCAUCUCUACUGGAAAGGAUAACGCCCUCAACGCAUGGCGCACACCAUACGGAGCAUCACUGUUCCAAUUGAAGGAAAAUACAUCAGUUCUGUCUUGCGACAUCUCAUUCGACGAUUCUCUUAUAGUCACUGGAUCUGGUGAGAAGAAGGCGACGCUCUACGCGAUUGAUUAUUAA